GUGUGCGUGCGUACCAUAAUAUAUGUCAAAUAUCUUCGUAAAUAUUUAUAGUUCUUAACAAAUAAUAAAAUUUUGAUAAAUUUACUUAAAGUCCUCCAAAAUCUCAAAAUUCAAAGUGUUUUCAAAAGUAUUUAAAUAUUUUUUGUUGUCAGUGCGGCAACUAUCAAUCAGUAUCAAGACUAUGGCACCUUCAAUACCAGAUAGAUGGCUCAACUAUACUCCUAUGGGUCAACGGGUCGAAGGAACACGAUUUAUUGCAUUUAAAGUGCCGCUUCGGGAGGUUGUCAAUGAAAAUGUGGACGAGCAGGACCGACUUGAUGCCUCGAUUUUACUGAAAUCAAUACCGAACUUGGGUAUGAUUAUCGAUCUGACGAACACCUCUCGCUAUUAUACGCCAGAUUGCUUUGUAAAGAAGGGUUUAGAGUAUAAUAAAUUAAUGAUUCCUGGCCAUCAUACACCACCGCCACAUUUGGUUGAUCAAUUCAAAAAACUGGUGUUUAAUUUUUUAAAUAAAAACGCGGGUAACGGUAAGUAAACCCAUAAUCGGAACUAACACAGCUGUUGCA